AUGAGCUCCAGCGCAGCUGCCGCAGCUGCAGCAACGCCCAAAGAAGACACCGUCUCUGCAGCCAAAGCCAACUACAAGAUCGUCGCGGACGUGGGCGACUUCAAUAAGACACAGUCCCAACGCCCCAAAUUCUACCACAGCAAACCCAUUGAAGUCACCCAAUCUCCAAACCCAAACUGGGAGCCAAUGGUUAGUAACUAUCAACUACUGGUUUCGGGAAUCACGCCUCGUCCGAUUGAGUUCCUGAGCACUGUAUCUGGUAGUGAUGAUGAUGGGAAAUUCACAAAGAACCUUUCACCGUUCAGUUACUUCCAAGUCAUCGAUCACGACCCGCCAAUGUUUAUCAUUGGAUUCUCAUCCCACCCAGAGCGCGUCAAGAAUACAUUCCACAACCUGAAGGAAACCAGUGAGGUAGUGAUCAACACCAUUUCAGAGAACAUGAUCGAGGCCGUCAACGCUACCUCCAUCGAUGCUCCAUACGGCGUCUCUGAAUGGGAGGUAUCCGGUCUCCAUGAAGCCCCGACAAAAACCGUCAAACCAUCCCGUGUACAGGAAUCAGUUUUCUCAACUGAAGGAAAAGUGGUUGAUAUUAAAGAGUUCGAGGACCAUGUACAGCCUGGUAUGAGUAUUGCCUCGCUGGUGCUUGUCAAGGCUACGCGGUUUUGGGUCCAGGAGGAUGCUGUGAAUGCAGAGUUGAGUCAUCUUGAUUUGAACAAGUCGCGGCCGUUGGGGCAGCUCGGUGGGAUUUCGUAUGGGCGUGUUACAUCGACUUUCGAGCAGCUAAGGAGGAGAUGGAACGAGGAGUAUCCUAAGAGAGGUAUUGAGUCGGUUGGAAGAGUCGAAACCAAGGACUGA